UUGAACUGGGCGGUUGAAAUCGGGAACAGAAGGAAUAUUCCGGUGGCGUCGCUUUGGCCCAUGCCGGCGUCGGUGUUUUCGAUACUUUACCAUUUUGACCUCCUCGUCCAGAACGGCCAUUUCCCGGUUGAAUUAUCAGAUUCAUACAAUACAACUCAAAAGUCGUGGCUCCGGAAAGUGUUGGACCAAUGGCCACAUGCCACGUGGUGGCUAUGCCUUCCGCAGGGAGGGGACACAUCAACCCCAUGAUGAACCUCUGCAAGUUACUGGCUUCCCGGAGCCACCACAUACUCGUCACCUUCGUCGUCACCGAGGAGUGGCUCGGCUUCAUCGGCUCUGAUCCCAAGCCGGACAACAUCCGAUUCCGCACCAUCCCAAACGUCUUGCCUUCGGAGCUGGUCCGAGCAGCCAACAUGGCCGCCUUCGUCGAAGCUACCAUGACGAAAAUGGAAGAGCCGUUUGAACGGCUCCUCGAUCGGCUAGAUACGCCGGCGACUGUCAUCGUAGCCGAUGCUUUCUUGAAUUGGGCGGUUGAAGUCGGGAACAGAAGGAAUAUUCCGGUGGCUUCGCUUUGGACGAUGCCGGCGUCGGUGUAUUCGUUAAUGUACCAUUUUGACCUCCUCGUCCAGAACGGGCAUUUCCCGAUUGAUUUAUCAGAGAGAGGAGAAGAACGGGUGGAGUACAUUCCUGGACUAUCUCCAAUCCGAUUAGCAGACCUUCCAACCAUCUUCCACACGAAGGAUCAACAACUCUUGCGUAAGGCCUUCUAUAUGAUUUCCAAAGUGCCUCAAUCAAAAUAUCUAUUGUUCUCCUCUAUCUACGAGCUCGAAUCUCCAGUUGUUGAUGCUUUGCAACUCAAAUUUCCAAUUCCCAUCUAUUCUUUUGGCCCCCUCAUACCUUACUUCAAUCUUGAACUUCCUCCCUCUCACACCAUCGCUAGCCAAACCGAUCAUGACUACCUCAAAUGGUUAGACUCUCAACCUCAGAGCUCUGUUUUGUACCUUUCGAUGGGAAGUUUCCUCUCUGUUUCAAGUGACCAAAUGGAUGAAAUUGUAGCUGGGUUGCGGGACAGUGGUGUGCGGUGCUUGUGGGUGGUGCGUGACAAAGCGUCCAGGUUAAAGGAGGCUUGUGGUAGUUCUGGGAUGGUGGUGCCUUGGUGUGACCAAUUGAAGGUGUUAUGCCAUUCUUCAGCUGGGGGAUUUUGGACUCAUUGUGGGUGGAAUUCGACUAUGGAAAGUGUUUUUGCAGGCGUGCCAUUCCUUACUUUGCCUCUGCUUGCGGAUCAAAUUCUGAUUAGUAAAUUUAUUGUGGAAGAUUGGAAGAUUGGGUGGAAGGUGAAGAAAGAUGGGGAGAUUGAUAAAUUGGUGACGAGAGAGGAAAUUGCUGAGCUCGUACAAACGUUUAUGAAUUUGGAGAAUCCUGAGAGGAAAGAGAUGAUGAAAAGAGUAAGAGAAAUUAAAGAGAUUUGUCGACGAGCAAUUGAAAAAGGAGGGUCAUUUCAAUCAAACAUUGAUGCUUUUGUGAAAGAUAUUUUCAAAUAAAUAGACCAUAAACUUGUUGAACUAUAUUAAACAAACAAUUUUUUUUUUUCCAAUUUUAGCAUUGUUUCAUAUCUUCUCCAGUCAUGACUCAAAUUUGAAUUGAAUUUUUUUACUUGAUU